ACAUGAGCACUAGUGUGUAUAGUGUGUGUGUAGUGUGUGACGUCACUAGGUGUGCAGCGCGCGGUAUAUAACGUCGGCGCCGCGAACUGCCCGCAUACUCAGUCACAACCCCCGAAACCGACUACUCUUGUCAAUAUGAAAUUCCUUAUGUGUGUAAUCCUCGCGGCCGUCGCGCUGAGCGCCGUGUCCGCCGGCUACAUCCGCAGCGGCUGGUACCCCAGCGGCGGCUACGGCGGCGGCUACAGCGGCUACAGCGGCUGGAACAACGGCGGCUGGAACCGGGGCUGGAGCGGCGGCUACAGCAGCCCGGUGGUCGUGUCGCGCGGCUACGGCGGCGGAUACGGCAGCGGAUACGGUGGUGGAUACGGCGGCGGAUACGGUGGCGGCUGGAACAACGGCUGGGCUCGCAGCGGCUGGUGGUAGUCGGACCACUCCACUCUAAUCCACUCUUACCAAAUACUCCUUUUAUUUUGUUUUGUUCUCUACGUGAAGUCUUUGUCAGUCCCUCUCCAUUGGCAGGAUGCACACCGGACUACUGACUCGUGAUGUCAGUAGCUAGUCAAAUGCUCACUACUCGAGUUCCACCUUAGUUAAAAUUAUUUAGUACCUAAUAUAUUAAGACACUUGAGUGCGGGACUUUACAAGUUAAAGAACAUUAGUCCUAACUAAUAAAUAUCCCUUUUAUAACACAAACACUCUAAAUUACCGGUUUCCUUCAUUUUCCUUCUUUUAUUUUUACUGUAAAAUUAGAUUUUCUUCAACAGUAACAGGGGUUGCGACGCUACCUCUGUAACUGUGCUGUACUGUAUAUUUGUGUUUUCCUUCGUAUAUUUUCGUUCCUGUGUUCUGUCCUCAGCCGAGUGCUCGUAUCUGUGAUCUUAAUAUAACGUGACAUGUACAUUAUUGUGCCAAUAAAUAUUUAUUUUUACGCUCUUA